AUGAAUAGCUCUAGCUUACUCGAUACUUUGCCAACCGAAAUCCUCCUCUGCAUUUCCAGCCAUAUCUCUCGGACCAGCGACCUCUUACAUUUUCUAUGUACGAACAGAACCCUUCAUGAUGUUCUCUUCUUGGAGCUUUGCAAAAGGGACAUCUCAAACACCGGUGGCCAGGCCAUUGUAGCCUACGCUGAAAACGGAUAUGAAAACGGCGUUCGAUGCAUGCUCGCUGCCGGGGUGGAUGUGGAUGUGAAGGGGCCAGAGGGCUCCAAUCCGACGGCGUUAGGAGCGGCUGUGUCCGCCCACCGGCUCGGCAUUGCAAAGCUCCUUCUAGACCAUGGCGCGGAUAUACAUAACACCAGUCGUUGGGAGGAUCCCGCUUUGGUUGUAUCCACAUACUAUAUACCACCUCCGCGGAUCGAUACUUCCCUAUUCGAGUUGCUGCUUGACUAUAAAGCUGAUGUCAACCGCUCAGGGUUUAUGGGAACCCCCUUGUCUUUGGUAGCCGAAGAUAGGGACGUGAAAAUGAUGAAGUUUUUUCUGAGCAAAGGGGCUGAUCCAAAUAUGCCUUGCGGAUACCGCAAAGGCGAUGCUCAAAAUCCCUCCCGUCGAAGGGUACUGGAUGUGGUUGCUGAGAGAAAUACACCGCUUGAGGCCCUGACUAUAUUAUUGGAAGCUGGUGCCAAAGUGGAAGUUCAAAACCGCUUCGGGCUGUCUCCACUUCAUUUGGUGAUAAUGGCGAAAAAACAGGCAUUGAUCGACAGAGGAAAAGUAGAAGCACUUCUCAGGUUUGGUGCAAAUGUCAAUAUACCACGCGGGUUUGAUCACCAGCGAGGCCAAUGCUCUUGUCGCUCAGGCCAUCUGAACUCUGACUCCUCGGCUCCAGUCGUUGGUCUCACUGCUCUGCAUAUUGCGGCUCGCUCCAAAUGUGCAAAUGGCACCGAAGUUAUGGCGUUUCUAUUGGAGAAUGGAGCUGAUGUGAAUGCGAUAGAUCAUCAGGGUUGCACUCCGCUUCUUUUAGCUAAAGCUGAGAAGAGUGGGGAGGAAAAGCAUAGGCGCCUAGAGACGCUUUUACAACAUGGAGCUGAUAUCAAUGCCCGAGACAAUACAGGCUGUUCAGUUCUCCAUUACCAAGCCCACGCACUAUCCAGCGAGCUUAUCAAAUGGUUGUGCGAUCUCGGUUGUGAUGUUAAUUGGAAGAAUGACGUUGGAGUGACGCCAAUAAUCAAGGCACUCGAGACACCUCAUAGUCGUUCAUCCGAUCUCGCUAGACGCCAGGUGAUGGCGGUUGAGACCUUAAUUUUUCUUGGGGCAACCGUGAACCAGAUCAGUUCAGAAAGUAAAAGCCCCCUCGGUCUUGCUGUCCGCCACCAAAGAUCUCCAGAUCUGACUCGCUUGAUCCUCGAGCAGGGAGCAGAUGUUCAUCAUCGGGACCCUGAUGGAAAGACACAUCUGCAAUGGGUACUCCGGGUCAUCGACUUUGAUGAAAUAGAAGAUGGCUUGCAGCCAGAUGAUGCCGUUUUUGAUCGCCGCGGCUUGGCGGACCUUCUUCUUAAAUACAGUGGAGAUCUGAAUGACGUUGCUCCUCUUAUAUGUACACCUGGAGGUGAAGAGCUCUGGGGUUUGGACGAGAUAAUCGAAUAUGCGGAGAGGAAAAGUGCAGAGGAAAUUUACAUGUAG